AUGUCAUCCUACGAAGACAAUAUCGAAGGCACAAUAAUGUCCCCUGCUACCCUCGGCGACUUCAAUAACGACACUUCUGUCCAGAUUUCUCAAAUCAUCCAUAUGCUUCGCCAGGUGCAGGAAGCCCAGAAGAACAUGAUGAAGCGUGUGAAGAAGGUGGAGAGGGCGCUCGCAAAGGUCAAAGACGACCUCAAGUCGACGACAUCUCGCGACAAUUCGAGGGCCAAGAAGCGAAAGCGUAACGACGAUGGAGACAUGUACGACCUGGUUCUGGAACACUAUGAGGCGGACGUUGCAGCUACUUGGGCGUAG